GUUUAAACAGUUUCUAAUUUCCGAUCAUCAGCAAACAUCGGCUGACGCGCUGACUGAUUCAUUCAUCGCGUGCGUUACAUGCGCGGACGGUGUCUGGGUGUCCUCAGACGGAUGGAGAUCAGCGGCCGCUUCCGCUAUUACUUCCAGCACCCCUGGUCUCGUCUGGUGGUGGCCUACCUGGUCACCUUCUUCAACUUCCUGAUCUUCGCCGAGGACCCGGUGUCGCACAGCCAGACGCAAGCGCACAUGAUCGUGGUGGGAAACUGCUUCUCGUUCGUGGUGAAUAAAUAUCCCGGAGGAGGAUGGGACGUCCUCAAGGUCCUGAUGUGGAUCCUCGCCAUCAUCACGGGCCUCAUCGCCGGCAAGUUCCUGUUCCAUCGACGCUUGUUCGGUCGUCUCCUGCGUCUGAAGAUGUUUCGUGAGGACCACGGCUCUUGGAUGACCAUGUUUUUCAGCACGAUUCUCUCGCUCUUCAUCUUCUCUCACAUCUAUAACCUCAUUCUGCUCAUGAGCGGACGGAUGGGGCCUCACAUGGUGACGGAGUACAUGGGCGUCAGGAACGAGAGCUUCAUGAAGAUGGCUGCUGUAGGAACGUGGAUGGGAGACUUUGUGACGGCAUGGAUGGUAACAGACAUGAUGCUGCAGGACACUCAUUAUCCGGACUGGGGCCGGAGCGCCAGAAACUUGUGGAGACGGGGGCACAACCGCAUUGUUUUGUUCUGGACGGUGCUGUUCUCUCUGACCUCUGUGGUGGUUCUGGUCAUCAGUACGGACUGGAUCAGGUGGGAUAACCUGAACCGCGGCUUCUUGCCGAGCGACGAGAGUCUGUCUGUGUCUGAUUACAGUGUCUCAAUCACUUACCUGUGUUGGCUCAAAUAUGUUGACAUUCACUGUCUGAUUGACUGGGAGUUUCCUCACUUCAUGGGCGAUCUGGACAUGAACCUCCCGGGUCUUUCCACCACGCAGCUGAAGAUCAAACUGCCCGUCUGCAAGCGCAUCUUUAAGGAUGAGUACCACAUCCACAUCACGGGGAAAUGGUUUAAUUACGGAAUCAUCUUUCUGGUCCUCAUCCUGGACCUCAACAUGUGGAAGAACCAGAUCUUCUACAAGCCCUAUGAAUACGGUCAAUACGUAGGUCCAGGAGAGAAGAUCUACACUGUGGAGGAUCCAGAGACGCUGCGCGACUUCAACCGCAGCACACUGACCUGGGAGUGGCGCUCCACCAACAUCGACCCGCGCACCAACCAGACGUACGUCCAGAGAGACAUGUUCCUUCACAGCCGCUACGUGGGCGCCAGUCUGGAUGUCAAAUGCCUUGCGUUCAUCCCGAGUCUGGCGGCCUUCGUGCUCUGUGGGUUCUUCAUCUGGCUGUUCGGACGCUUCCAAGACAGCGAGACGUUCCCUGAGAAUCAAGACAAGAGCUACGAGCGCAUCAAGCGCAAGUCGCCAUCUGAUCUGGGAGUCACGCCGGAGGAAGUGCACAUCACCAUGAGCGAGGCCUUGAAGAGGAGCGGGACACCCAUGCUGCUUCUGGUGGACACUCAUCAUUUCGGGUCGUCAAACAACUCCAUGUCGCCGUAUUCGAACGAAACCCAGGAGACCCAACCCAGUGUAGCCGUUGACAGCGAUGCCCAUGAGGACACAGCUGAUGUCAAAAAACUGACCCCAUGACCGUAACCAAAGGUCAAAUCGGCUUUCUGAGAUCCUCAGCGUUGUUUGAUGUCCAACAGACUUUCAAAGUCGAUUGGCGUUCAAAGUCCUCGGAAAACUAUCACAGACUCUACCUUGAAAUUUGUAUUUUUAUAUCAAGCGAUCUUGCACUGCGCACCAACUUUCUGAACUUUUUCCACAUUUUCAAGGACAUUGGUCUUUGGUGCUGGAUGUUUGACUUUUCUAUCUCUUUUUUUAUGUAGAUACUCUUGUGCCUACAUGGAUGAAAUGUUGUCCUCACAGUGAACGCAUGGCAUGAUGGUCAUGAAAAUACUUGUAAUG